AUGCAUUCAAUGAUGUUGAUUUUUGAUGAUGUAAUUGAUGGAGGAACCGUUCGAAGAAACAAACCAUGCUGGUACACGCAAGAAGAUAUCCGUUUGGAAGGUAUCAACGAUGGUGUUAUGAUUUAUGCUGGCAUUUUCUUAAUUUUGAAGAACCAUUUCAAACAUUUGAGUUGUUACGUAAAACUUUUUGAAUUACUUAAUGAUAAUACUUUUAUUGUGGCUGUGGGUGAACAUAUGGAUGCUAGAGGAAGAUAUGAUGAUGUCCUGAAUUUUACAAUGGAAGAAUUUAGGUGCAAAACAUUAACCAAAACUGCCUACUACACCAUUCAUAUGCCCAUAGCUGCUGCAAUGUACCUAGCUGGGUACACAGAUGCGGAAUGCGACAGUGAAAAAGAAAUUCUCUUGGAAAUGGGAAUUUUCUUUCAGGCUCAAGAUGAUUACCUGGAUUGUUACGGAGACCCAAAAAUCUUGGGAAAAGUCGGAACAGACAUUCAAGAUGGGAAAUGUACAUGGCUUUCCGUAACCUUCGUUGAGCUUGCCAAUGAUGCUCAAAAGGCUGCAAUAAAGGAAAAUUACGGGAAGAAGGACAAGGCAUGUAUUCAACGUGUUAAAGACCUCUAUGAAGAAGUAUCAAUGAGGGAUGCUUUUGCCAAAUAUCAAGAAGAGACCUACAAAACUCUAAAAGCAAAAAUUCGUGAAUCAGCUUCCUUCUCAUGGGAGCUUGUUGUCCUCAAGGAAUUUAUGUCGAGAAUUUCCGAUUCCUUUGAAAUGGUCAUUUCCAUAAGGAUCAAAAUACAUUUUGCUCCUGGAUUCUGGAUUGGGGUGUGA